GGCGCCUGGCUUUGAAAUUGCUUGACGUGUCCCCCGUUUGUACGUGGUGCUGCGAAUUCGCUUCGAGGCGGGGGCUGGAGGAGAAAGCGUGUGAUGGAACGGAAUGAAUGUCAAAGAGCCUCAAGUUCCGAAUCUGAGGGAAGCAGCCUGCUGGACUUGCCUGAUGACAUAACUCCAGAAAGCUUUCUAUUGAAGCCGAACCCUGGGGAAGAUAAAGCAUUUGAUUUAACGCUACCAGCAGUUGAUGCAGGUUAUUUCCUGACAGAACCCAACAAUCAGUAUCUCCCAAGGCCGGAUGCCAAAGGCACCGUCACUCAGUGGCCUUACCUCUAUGAAAGGGGAGAGUCUGCCAGCUGCGAGAACACAGAACACCUUCAACGGAGUGAAAUUGAGGUUUCUGAGCAAAGGAGAGAAGGGGAAUCCACCCUUAGAAAAUCUCUGGAUGAAUUCUACAGGACUUUGUGCCAGAAGAAGCCCUCUGGAGGGAGUCCAAGAUAUGAAUCAACUUCACAGUGUCUGUCCCUUAAGACUGCAGGUCUUGCAGGCAAGGAGGGAAUGAAAUUUAUAGUGAAGAAUCUCCAAAUCGCUCAACUGGUUUUGAACAGAGAGGAGAAUAAAAUCUUUUCCCAGCCUCCCGGCAACCACUUCUGCCUUUUGACUCCUGUCAGUGCCGAUGCUAAUUCAGAGAAAGGAAAAGCAAUCCCUGGACUCUCGGAUGAUGUCUUUCGAUUUAUCUUAAAACAGAAUGCACUGAAAUGAUGCCGAGCUUGAGCGUAUUUCUAAAAUCCAAGAAUUGAUAAGAUUUCUUUAGCUAGGGAAUGAAUUGUUAAUAACAACUUGAUAGAACCAAGAAUAUAAAGAAGGCGCAUGAUUGAAUUGCGUAUAAAGGCACAUAGAGCAAUUGCUCUUAAUUAUUACUUAUGUCAGUGAUUGGAGAGUACAUUUUCUGUACGCAAAAAAAAAAGCUUGAGACUCAGGCUUGAUUAUGUCCAAUAUUAAUAAUUCCUUUUAUUCUAAGAAUAGAAAUGGAUUUGAAAAUGUUCUGUUUGAAAACUAGUAGGCUUUCAGGUUAAAAUAUAAAGCUAGAAAUAAUUGCUUCUACUUCUAAAUGAAUUCAUGAGAGGAGAUAAGCUUUGGAAAGAAUAGCCUUGUUGUAAUGGAGAAACCAGCAAUACAUGGUAUAAACUGUUGAUACGGUUCCUUAUGAUCCUAAAUGUAAUCCUCUGUAUUAUCAUAUGUUGCUUUGACUAAUAGGAGUCAAAAUUCACAUCUAUAAGGUGACAGGUUGCUCUCCUUGCGCUAAUAGAUUAACCUGCUAACCUCCCCAUCUUGGAACACUUCAUGUUUUGUAAUUUUAUUGUAAUUACUUUUGUAGUGCAAUUUUAUUGUUUUAUAUUUUUUUUUUAAAAAAUUCAAUCUUAACUUAUUUUGUUUGUAAUGCUUAACUUUAUUGAUUAAACUGUACACUUCUCAAAGCUCUUUGCUAAAGGUGAGGGAGAUGGGCAGUUAAGAACUGUGAAAUAUAAAUAAAUAAACCUAAUUCAUGUUUUGGAAUGUAUGCAUAGAAAGAGAUUUCUCCCCCUGAGAAAAUAAUUGAUCUUGCUAUUUUAAAAUAUGCUGCUUGAAUACCGAGUUCCACAUUUCAAGUAUGCAUCAGCUAACAUGAUAUAAAUUGAAGAUAUUAUAUUCCCUUUGCCUUUACACACCUAGCAGACAGUGUAAAUAUGCUGAUGAAACUACACGAUGUAAGAUCCAGGGAAUGGCCCAUGGAAAGAUGCUUCUAGGUAUUUGUAUGUAUAAGAUCUUGUUGAAUCUGAUGCAUUCAAGAACACCUCAUUAAAAGGAACCCAGUGAUGGCUAACCUUUUCCUAAAGGCGUACCAAAAUUGUGUGUGCACGCGCUAUUGUGCGCACAGGUAUGCCCCACCUACCUGCACAUGUGUGCGUGAUACCCCAUGUGUGGGGGUUCACCCUCCUCAGGCUCCAGAGGCUUCCCUGAAUUCUUGGGAGGGCAAAAACGGCCUCCCCUGGCC